GGAGAGCUACCCAAGGAGCAAGUUAAGAAGCCAUCUUCUGAAGGGCUUGGUCUAGAUGACAGAGAUCUACCUGAUCUUGAUUACUUGUGUACCAUGACUCAUAUUAUUAUGAUGGAUUUGGAUAACUGGGGAAACCUUUUCCAUCAGUUGCCUGCUACCCUUAACCAAGGAACUUUUAUCUGGGGUUUUCAAGGUGGGCACAACAACUGGAAGCCACCUGUGAACUGCAAGAUUUUUAACUACCUUAACAAGAUUGGGUGUUUCUUCCUCCAUCCACACUGUGGUACAAGGAGAGAGGCUGCUGACUUUGCAAUCUGUGUGCAUGUGGGCCGCCUAGAUGAGCAUCUACCAAAGCAUAUUCCUUUCACUAUUCUUUCGGGAGACAAAAGCUUUCUAGAGCUUGAGGAUCAGCUUAAGAUGACUCAGCGGACAACUCGCAUUCUAGAUCCUCAUAAGCUUGAUGCCGAUAUGAUGUAUGCCUUAUUGAACAGCAUUUCAGAUACAGCCAAAGAAAAUGAAGUGGUAGAUACUCGAAUGGCAGUGGAGCAGGUUUCAGAAGUAACGAAGGACCAAAAUGAUGCAGAGGAAGAUGCAGCUUUUCAAGAGGCCAUCAAGCGAAGCAUGGAAGAGAUGUGAAGAUGGCUUGGUAUCAGUGCACGAAGAAACAUCUAAGCUGGCUCCCAAGUAGUUGAAAUUUGUUCGUUCUAUUACAACGAUUAAAAAAAAAAGUACAGGUUAACAUUUCGCAGUCUCAAUGCACUUUAAGGACUGAGGUCUACUGACACAUCUAAGCAUCAUAAACUGCAGUGGAACUUGAGUCCCCUUAACUGGAUUUCAGUUAUCCCACAUAU